ACUGUCAUCAAAUGUCAACAUCAUAUGUUUUUGCGGCUCUGUUUUUCUAUUUUAAACGAAUUAUUUAAUAAAAACGUGAUUGAGUGAUUUAGAGUUGUUAAUAUUAUAAUGGCAUCGUCUUUUUUGCGUCCUAACAUUUUAACGCGCCAUUUGAAACGACCAUUUUAUCAAAACAAACGCAACUCUGGUUAUGUUGUUCUAAUUCCAGAGAUAGGCGAGGAUGCAGACACAAGUACACUUCUAUCAGAGAAUGGCUUACCAGAAUUCAAUGCCUUUACAAUUGAGAAAUGCAUCGCCACAAUCAGUAAACAGAGCUUGGAAUAUGAAAACGGUGUCCGACAAAUUGAGCAAUCAUGUAUGAAUUGCAAAAAUGCAUUUGUGGAGAUUUUCCAGCCUCUAGAGACAUUAGAUAGCCAGUUAGAACUGACAUGGGGCAUGGCGAAGACCUUGUACUUGAGUAACAGUUCACUAAUGCCAACCAAAUCUUAUAUUCAAAUACACGAGAGGGCUCAUAAAGCUAGGUCAUCCAAGUUUAACAGCAUACCAAUUUACAAUGCAGCAGUGGAUGAGAAAAACAGACUCAAAAAAUUAACAGACGAAGAACAGAGGCUUUUAGAUAAAUACAUACUAGAAGGCAAACUAAAUGGCCUAGACAUCAAAGGAGCUAAACGCGAUAGACUCAACAAUAUCUUAAACAACUUACAGAAAGAAAGAAAUGUUAUAAGAGAAAAGGUCGGAGUUGCUACUAAAAGGUUCAGUAGCAUCAUAAAUAAUGAUCGAGUAGCCAAAGAGUUUCCCGAAAACCUAGCAAAAGCGAUGUCCGUAAAUAAUGAAGCUGAUAAGGGUCCGUGGAAACUCACAUUGCAACCGCACAUUUAUGAACCAUUUAUGCAAUACUGUCCCGAUAGGAAUUUGAGGUGGAAUGCAUGGCAAGCCCAUGUGCAACGUUGCUCGGGAUACCUUAACAAAGAUUUGGAAACCAGUACUAAUAUAGAAAAGUUGAGAAGUUACAGAUCGGAACAAGCAAAAAUAUUGGGCUAUGAUUCUUUUGUUGAUAUGAGUAUGGAAACCAAAAUGGCAGGAUCGCUAGAAAAUGUUAUUAGUGUACUUGAUAAUCUCCUUACAACUGCCAGACCUAUGCAGGAUGUUGAACUUGAUACACUACAGAGUUACGCUAACGAACGAGGGUUUGAUUCAAAAUUGGAGCAUUGGGAUAUACCGUAUUGGCAACGAAAACAAAAAUGGUCCCUCUAUAAUUUCGAUGAGAACAAAAUUCGCGAAUAUUUCCCGCUGCCCAAAGUCAUUAACAGUCUCUUCAAUUUGUGUAGCAACCUCUUUAGAAUACAGAUCGUUGAACGAUCGAAUACGCACACCUGGCAUAAGGAUGUUAAAUAUUACGACAUUUAUGACGAAAACCGUAACAAACCGAUAGCUGGAUUCUAUUUGGAUCCUUACGCUCGAGAGGAUGAAAAAAUUCGCGUAUACGAUGACGCAGGAUGGCAUGUUUCGAUUCGCCAAAAAAAUUUUGUAGCAUCAACGCAACCUCUUUCUGCUCUAAUUUUUAAUUUCCAACCACCGAUUGAAGGAAAACAGUCGCUGUUAACAUUUAAAGAAGUGAGCGCGUUGUUCCAAAGAUUCGGGCAUGCACUCAGACAUUUGCUUACGACUGCGAACUAUUCAGAAGUAGCUGGGCUGUCCAACGUGGAAUGGGAUGCGGCAGAAGUAUGCGGGCAAGUGAUGACGCAUUGGCUUUACGACCAGCACACUAUCCAAUCGAUCAGUGGCCACUACAAAACUGACGAACCAUUACCUGAGGAGAUAGUCACAAACCUGCAAAACAUAAGGAGGCAUAUGGCAGGAUACGAAUUAUGCAAAGAAUUGUAUCUCUCACGAUUAGAUUUAGAAUUGUACUCCAAACAAACGUUCUGGCGCGAUUUAGUAAUGGAAUUGUGGCCGAAAUAUAACGCGUUGCCGUUUGACAAAUACGACUCGCACCUUCUUUCCUUUACCAAGAUUUUCUCUGAGGAAUGGGGUGCAGCGUACUACUGCCAUCUGUGGUCGAAAAUGAUUGCCGCUGACAUUUACAGUGCUUUCGAUGAAGCCAGAGAGAGGAAUCAGGAUAUUCUAACCAUCAGUAAAAGAUAUAGAGACACGUUCUUGGCCACCGGCGGUAGUUGCCACCCCAGCGAAGUAUUUAGAAGAUUCCGCGGCAGAGAUCCGUCGCCUCACGCGUUAUUGAAUAAUCUUGGGCUUACGAAUAAGAUUGUAGAGGAAUAGUACGACACAGUGAAUUCAUAAUUUUUUGUGUAUUAUAUUUUUAUUCCUAUUAUGUAUUAUAUAGUGCUUAUGUUAAAAAAUUCUUCUUUAAUUUCCCGA